GCCGCAAGAUCCACAAAACCCCACCCUGGGUAUCGCGUGAGUGCAUCUUGGAUUUACAAUUUCCCACUCUUUUUUUUUUUGAACAAGCCUUUCAAAAGUAACAGAGAAAGAAUAUAUUUACACCGAAUACAGUCUAAUAACCGUCCUGCCUUGUCCCUGAAGAAAAUUUAUACAGAAAAGAGAGACUUAAAUAACUCAAAGAGGAAAAGGGGGUUAAUAAAAAACCUUUCCAACCCCUCUUUAUAAAGCUCCAGAGCUGUGGCACACCCAACUCAUCACUUGAAACGGCAUCUCCUUCUCUCAUAGCCGGCAAGAAAGAUGUGCGGAGGAACGGACGUAUCGAAGUUUGUCGCCGCCAACGGCGGCCGCGAGCUCCCCAUACCGGAUCUGUGGCCGUCGGAACCAUCUGAUCUCAUUCACGGCGGCGGCGGCGACGAGGGCGAGAAGAAGGUGGAGAAGGUGGCGGCGGUGGUUGCGACCGAGGAGGAGGGGAAGACCGUGGAGAGGCGGCGAGGGCCGCGGAAGAACGCGUACCGGGGGAUCCGUCGGCGGCCGUGGGGAAAGUGGGCGGCGGAGAUUCGGGACCCGCGGAAGGGGGCGAGGGUGUGGCUGGGGACCUUCGCCACCCCCGAGGAGGCCGCCCGCGCCUACGACUCCGCCGCUCGCGAGAUCCGUGGCGCCAAGGCCAGGCUUAACUUCCCCGACCCCCACUCUAUCUGCCCCAUUUCCAAGAAGCCCCGAGCUCCGGCGGCGGCGGAGAGCCUCGCGUCGUCGCCGUCGUGCUCCGUCUCGUCGGCGAUGGAUUCCGUGGAGUCGAUGUACGUGCCUGUCGGGGGAAAUGACAGCGGAUGGAGAAACGGUGGACGGUGCGGUGACUUGCGCCUCGUCUGAUCUUGGCAAGAUAGUUUGAUGAACGGCUGUGAUGUAUCGUAGCUUGUGGGACCCUUUAGAUACGGUUGUCAUUCCUCACUUCUUUUGGUGAUGCGCGCAUGGUAUGCAUGUCAAGUAUUUUAUAAUCAAUUCUUAUUUGGCAAAAUUUAAACAUUUGUAUAGAUUAUUGUUGAAUGUUGAUACGAAGACGCACGUUCUAUAUCCAUUCA